UCAUAAUAUAAUAAACAAAAAUAAGGUUGUCUCCUCCGGUUCUCUCCGCAAUCUCAAUUUUUUUCUUUCUUUCUUUUGUGUUGUUGUAGACAGCAUCUGGAGCUAUCAUCCAUAGCCGUCCUCCACGUGAUCUCAAUCUCCACCGUCCUUUAAAACCCCCUUCUCUUUCUCUUUCUCUUUCUCUUUCUCUCUACCUCUUCUUUGAAACCCUCUUCAGCAUCACGUUUUUGCUUCUUCUUCUUCUUCCUUAUCCUUUAUCUCUUCUCAAACAUUGAAAUUAUCUUGAGGCAGUCAUGUCGAUUGCAUUUCAUAGUAAUCGGGGGAUCGAUAUUCAAACUAAUGGAUUCACACGUGCGCCGGUGACUUGUAGCUUAGUCUUUGACUCACCGGAGUUCCCGCCGGAAAAAGAGAGAGUAGCUGCUGUGUCCGGCGACAACGCCGUCAAGGAGUCGAUUAUUGCAUGCGGUGCGUCCACUUCGUCUUCGUCGUCGUCGUCGAUUGGGAAGAACAGCGAUCUGUCGGGAAGGUCAUCAUCGGACGGUGAGGAAUGUGAGGAAAAUGAGGCACAGAGCUCGUAUAAAGGACCUUUGGAAAUGAUGGAAGCCUUAGAGGAGGUUUUGCCCGUCAGGAGAGGCAUCUCGAAAUUCUACAAUGGAAAAUCCAAGUCCUUUGCGAGUCUAGGAGAUGCAUCAUCUACCUCCAUAAAUGACAUUGUUAAACCAGAAAAUGCCUAUACCAGGAAGCGGAGAAACCUUCUUGCAUCAAAUCACUUUUGGGACAAGAACCGAAAUUUUCCACUCAGAAGUAAUGGGGGUGGGAUAGCAAAGAGAUCAAUCAGUUCGAGUCGAAGCACAUUAGCAUUGGCAAUGGCAAUGAGCAGCUCAGAAAGCAGUUGUACCAGCGAGGAUUCGAAUUCAAGCUCGGCUUCAAGGUCUCCUCCAUCUCUUCCACCACUGCAUCCUCAAUCUAGAGCAUCUAACUGUAACAAGUUUUCAACAUCGCCUCCCAGACGGAGCCUCUACUCUUCGAGGUCGUUGUCCUUGGCGGAUUUAGAGCAGUGAGACCCCAGCCAUAAGUAUGAGCGAUAACCAUGUUUGAUGGUGAGUUAUAUAUAUAUAUAUAUAUAUAUAAAAUACUAACCUAACACGUCGACCCUGACGCCCUCCUCUCGAAUUUGUCGGAGCAGAGUUUGUAGUAGCGGUGUGGGGUAUUCCUAGUUCUGUUCAGUUUCUGGUACAGUGCUAGUUGUUUCCCAUUUGGUAAUAGAAAUGAAAAACUAUCCACGUAUUUCGAAUGUACAUAUCUAAAAACGCUUAUCAUUGUAAUCCCAUUACAAAUGAAGAGGAAAAUAGCUGGUUUUUUGUUGUAA